GGUUUCUGGGGGGAGUGCGGGGCGACAGAGCCGGAAGUGCCGUCGCCAGGGGCCGGCCGGCCGGAAGUGGGGGCGCGGAGGGGCGGCCAUGGGCCGCAGCCGCUCCAGGUCGCCGCCGCGGCGCGAGCGCAGGCGUUCACGGUCCACCUCACGGGAGAGGGAGAGGAGGCGAAGAGAGCGGUCCCGGGACAGGGACAGGAGGAGGAGCCGUUCUCGUUCCCCGCACAGGAGAAGGUCCAGGUCGCCGAGACGGCACCGAUCCAGCUCCUCCUCCCCGCCGCGGCUGAAGGAAAGGCGGGAUGAAGAGAAGAAGGAGGUAAAAGACUCCAAAAGCAAAGAGCGUCAAAUCACAGAGGAAGAUUUGCAGGGCAAGACGGAAGAGGAGAUUGAGAUGAUGAAAAUGAUGGGCUUCGCCUCUUUUGACACAACAAAAGGGAAGAAGGUGGACGGUGCCGCAAAUGCAUACGCCAUCAACGUGUCACAGAAGAGGAAAUACAGGCAGUACAUGAACAGAAAAGGAGGAUUCAACAGACCACUGGAUUUCAUCGCUUGACGCUGGGCUUGCUCGGGGGAGAACCACCCGCUGAGAAGGACUUUGCUCCCCGGCACAGGCCGCUCGGAGACCAGAUUUUGGAGGAAUUUGGGUUAUUCCCGUCAAAUCCCGCCGCGCUCACCCUGCCUAGCAGCUGGAGAGGCCACGAGCCACCCUUCCCUGGCAUCUUUGAGUUGUUUUUUACGACAACCCCCACUGGGAUUUAGUUGUGUUUUUCCUGUUGUUUUUUGUCAUCACACCGCGUCCCCUGUGACAAUAAAACCCCUGAUAUAUUU